CCACUUGACAAGCGGACCAUUAUUUGAUGGAUAAUUAUUUUCAUUACCAGAAAUCAGUUGGCUUUCAGCAGCUCAACAGAAAGGGUGAUAUUUGGUUUUAUUCAAAAAAAAAGAGAAGGCUAAUAAUUUUUUUUCAAAACGGGGUACAAAUAAAACGGCCGCAAUAUGGGGGACAUGUUUCGCAGUGAGAAAAUGUCCUUGUGCCAGAUUUUCCUACAACCGGAAGCGGCAUAUGAGACAAUUGCACAAUUCGGCGAGGAAGGAUGUGUACAGUUUCGCGAUAUGAACGAAGGCCUUACCUCCUAUCAACGAAAAUUCGUGGCCGAAGUUAGGCGUUGCGAUGAAAUGGAGAGAAAACUCCGUUUCAUUGAAAAUGAAAUUAGAAAAGACGACAUUAACAUACCUGACUUGGAGCCUGAGACCAUACCACCGGCUCCCAAGCCCCGAGAAAUGAUCGAUCUGGAGGCCCAGUUGGAGAAGACCGAAAAGGAAAUUAUCGAAUUGGCCCAAAACGAUGUCAACUUGAAAUCCAACUACUUGGAACUCACCGAAAUGUUAAGGGUGCUCGAGAAGACCCAAGGUUUCUUUGAGGAACAGCAAGUUGUAAACAUGGAGCUGAGUAAAAACGCCGAAGAUCAUCAUCACGGUGGUGGUGGUCAUUUGGGUUUUGUGGCCGGUGUCGUUGGCCGAGACCGAGAAUUUGCCUUUGAACGCAUGUUGUGGCGUGUGGCCCGCGGCAAUGUCUUUGUCAAGCGAUCCCAAUUGGAAGAGAGCCUGCGAGAUCCCAAAACCGGUAAUAUCAUGUACAAAACCGUGUUCGUCGUCUUCUUCCAAGGUGAACAGCUGAGGACGAGAGUGAAGAAAAUCUGUACUGGUUUCCAUGCCUCCAUGUAUCCCUGUCCCGAGGAACAUUCCGAAAGAAAUGACAUGAUCAAGGGAUUGAGAACACGUCUGGAUGAUUUGAAGGUGGUUUUGCAGCAGACGGAAGAUCAACGUAAAUGUGUCCUGACGGCUGUCUGCAAUCAAAUAUCCAAAUGGGCGGCAAUGGUCAAGAAAAUGAAGGCCGUCUAUCAUGUCAUGAAUCUACUGAAUCAGGAUGUGACCAGCAAGUGUCUGAUUGGUGAAUGUUGGGUGCCCAACCGCGAUUUGCCAGCCGUGCAAUUUGCCCUGGCCGAAGGUUCCAAGGCUGCCGGCAGCCAUGUACCCUCAUUUUUGAAUGUUGUGGAGACAAAUGAUACCCCACCCACCUAUUAUCGUACGAAUAAAUUUACUCGCGGUUUCCAGAAUCUGAUUGAUGCCUACGGUGUUGCCACCUAUCGAGAAGCCAAUCCCGGUCUCUAUACCUGUAUUACCUUUCCCUUUUUGUUCGCUGUGAUGUUUGGUGAUAUGGGUCACGGUUUUAUUCUCUUCCUGUUCGGUUUUUGGAUGGUUGUGGAUGAAAAGAGAUUGGGUCGCAAACGGGGUGGUGAAAUUUGGAACAUUUUCUUUGCCGGUCGCUAUAUUAUCAUGCUCAUGGGUCUGUUUGCCGUCUAUACCGGGUUCCAUUACAACGAUAUGUUCUCCAAGUCCAUUAAUGUCUUCGGAACGACAUGGAAGAUCCGUUAUAAUCGUACCACCGUUUUAACCAACGCCGCUGGCCUUACUCUGGAUCCCACCUAUGCCACCGAUGGUGUCUAUGUCAUGGGCAUGGAUCCCAUUUGGCAAUUUGCCGACAACAAGAUUAUCUUCCUGAAUACCUACAAAAUGAAGUUGUCCAUUAUAUUCGGUGUCCUGCACAUGGUGUUCGGUGUCUGCAUGUCUGUGGUGAAUUUUGUGUAUUUCAAACGUUAUGCCAGCAUCCUUUUGGAAUUCUUGCCUCAGAUGAUCUUCUUGCUACUGCUGUUCGGCUAUAUGGUCUUCAUGAUGUUCUACAAAUGGAUUAAAUAUUCUCCAAAAUCGGAUAUAUUAGCUGAUACGCCCGGCUGUGCUCCCUCGGUGUUGAUUAUGUUCAUCAACAUGGUGCUGUUCAAAUCAUCGGCGGUUUCUCCGGGCUGUGAUGAGAACAUGUUCGAUGGGCAAACUAAACUGGAAAUGAUAUUUGUAAUUGUCGCAGUCAUCUGUAUUCCAUGGAUGUUGAUUGGCAAGCCGUUGUAUAUUAAGUUUAAUCGCAAGCAUAAACCUCAGCAUCCCGAUGAUUACAAAUCUACCGAUACUUUGGAAAUGAUCGAAGGAGAUACCGCUGUCGUAGUUGAGGUUACAGAAGUCAGCAAUCGUGAUCCCAAUGCCGGUCAUGGUGGACACGAUGAAGAACCAAUGAGUGAAAUUUGGAUUCAUCAAGCCAUUCAUACGAUUGAAUAUGUUUUAAGUACCAUUUCCCAUACAGCAUCCUAUUUGCGUUUGUGGGCCUUGUCACUGGCUCAUGCUCAAUUGUCUGAAGUACUUUGGACUAUGGUGCUGUCAUUGGCCCUGCAAAUGAAGGGCUAUGCCGCCUCCGUUGCGGUGUUUUUAAUUUUUGCCGUUUGGGUAUUCUUUACCAUAGCCAUUAUGGUUAUGAUGGAAGGUUUAUCUGCUUUCUUGCACACCCUGCGUCUACAUUGGGUCGAAUUCAUGAGCAAAUUCUAUGAAGGCGCUGGUGUCAUUUUCCAACCCUUCAGUUUUAAGGUCAUCUUGCAAGAUGAUGAAGAAGCUUAAUCUGUAAAAUAUUAAUUCAAUGUUGUGAACAGAUGAAUAAAAUAUUUA